AAUAUUAAUUUAAGAAAAAAGUAAACUAGGAAUGCAUUUUGAAAAUAAAAGUAAUCCCUUGGGCUGUGAAGUAUAGCUACAAGCACAAUGAUUCGUCGCCUAUGCUGUUUACAGAGCGCCACUCCCUCGGUUCCAGUCUCUUCUCCAUCCAUCACCAAGAAGAAGCCCCUUGUCUUUCUCGGCGCACCUCAGGUCUCCACCAUAGUCCUUGACGCGCUUCUCAACGCUUCUGCUUCUCCACAUUCUACAUUCGAGGUUGCGGCUGUUGUGACUCAACCAGCUGCUAGGAGGGCGAGGGGGAAAAAGCUCUCGCUCUCUCCCUUGGCCACCCAUGCUCUUGACAGGGGCUUCUCUUCUGAUCUCAUUUUCACUCCCGAACGUGCUGGAGAUGAUACUUUCUUGUCAAAUUUAAAAGCUCUGCACCCUCACUUGUGCAUUACGGCAGCCUAUGGCAAUAUAUUACCUACCAAGUUUCUAGAUAUUCCGUCCUUCGGCACAGUCAAUAUUCACCCUAGCCUGUUGCCAUUGUACCGUGGUGCUGCUCCUGUUCAAAGAGCAUUGCAGGAUGGUGUUAAAGAGACUGGAGUGUCAUUAGCAUUCACUGUUCGUGCACUAGAUGCUGGACCUAUCAUUGCUACUGAAACAGUUGAAGUUGAUGAUCAAAUAAAGGCACCUGAUUUACUUGAGCUCCUAUUUCACAAAGGAUCUAAACUUCUGAUUGGGGAACUUCCUUCUAUACUUGAUGGAUCAGCAAUUGUAAAGGCACAAUCUCAAGAUCACUCUAAGGCUACAUUGGCUCCAAAGAUAAAUCCAGAUGAAUCAUGGCUAUCCUUUGAUCAAGAAGCAUCUGUUCUACACAAUAAGGUUCGUGCCUUUUCAGGGUGGCCAGGAACUAGAGCAAGAGUAUUAGUGAUUGAGAAAAAUGGUCAGCAGAAAACUUUGGAGAUUAAAAUUAUAACCACGCAAGUUCGCAGUCAUGUAAGUGCACAGUUUGAUGAAGCAGAUGAUGUUGCAUUUGUUGAUGGUGCGCUGGUAUUUCCAUGUGGAAGGGGCACCGCACUUGAGGUAUUGGAAGUUCAGCUUCCUGGAAAAAAAGCAGUAAACGCAGCUGCUUUCUGGAAUGGGCUGCGGGGGCAGAAGCUGAAGAAAUUAUGAGAGUAGAAUGUCUCGGGAGCACCUUUCAAAAAUUGAGCCAUCCUCAAAACAGUUUUCCAAUGUGUUUGUCUAGGUUGUAUAAACUGUGACAUCGUAUGGACGUAAUAAGACACCUCUGGCGUGUAAACAUAUCGAUUGGCGUCUAGAUUAUUUGGUUUGGGAUACUGUAAGAAUAGUCGUGCCAACUUUUGGUUGUUUUUGGGAAAACUACUGGUUCGGCCCUGCAACCCCACUUCAGACAAAAUGUCCAAAGUAUAUUUUUGUUGGCACAAAUAUAUACUGGCAGUUCCUAGCGACCUCCACA